AUGACUUUUGUAAGAGCAGUUUUUUCUUCCGAUCUGCACGGUAAUUUAUUUCAAUACCAAAAGCUUGUUGAUUAUGCCAAUCAAGAGGAGCACCGUAUUAAUUGUAUCAUUAUUGGAGGAGAUUUAUAUUUGAAAAACAAAAAGCAUUCGAAUCUGGAUGAGUAUUCUCACCUUGAAAGCAAUAAGGGAAUUCAAAAACAUCAAGAUUAUUUUGUGAAUCAUUUACUUCCGAUCUUGCAACAAUUUAAAAAAGGAAAAAUUUACCUUUGUUUUGGAAAUGCAGAUUUGUACACAGAUGUCGCCUUCAUGAAAGAAAAGACCAAAAACAUUCCAAAUAUUGAAGUAUUGUACAAUGAGGUAAUCCCAAUAAUGGGAACAGAGUUGGAAUUAUUCGCGUAUUCAUCCAUUGUUUUCAUGAAGGGUCACAAGAAAGAUUUUGAGAGAUUUGAUACUAGUAAUAUUAAUGAUACUUUGGCACAAAAUACUGAGUCUUAUCACAUUCGAAUGAAAGGAUACACAACGUUCAACGAGACCGAAUUUCUUGAAAUCAUUCUCAAUGGCGAGUAUCCUGAAUGUUCCUGUGUCGAAAAAAAUCCCCCUGAAGAUUCACAUUUCAAAGGAGUUCCUGGAUUUCAUCAUUUAAUUUUGAUUCAAACGAUCCAAAGCUUGUUAAAGCUUUUUCUAUUGAAAGAGAAUUGGAAAGAAUUGCUGAGAAAUUUAAAUUCUCUAAGGAAAAAUGUAGAAAGCAACUGUGGGUUUGUCACAUGCCUCCGUAUGACACAUGUGGAGAUAAUGUUAGUGGUUGUCACUGUGGAUCUAGAGCGUUGA